AUGUCGCUGUACCACGAGACCGCCGACGUUCUUUCGGCGAGCUCCGACCACGGCGGCAGCUUGAAAAGUCGCGUCUUUGGCAAAAAGGGUCUCAAGUCGCCGCCGGCGCAGGUGUACGCCCUCGCGCUUGAGACGUGCAAGUGGAGCGCAAUCCUAAAGGAGGUCAUCGAGGCGGCGGAGCUUUUGCGCCAUGAGCGCAAGCUCACACCCACGCUGGCGCUUCUGCUGGUGCACGACUUCCUCUUGGCCAAGAAGGGCAUAGCGCUGCCUCAGUCUCACGGACUCAGGACGGCCAUUGAACGGCACAGGGCGAGGCUGGCCUCUGAGCUUACGCGCGCCCGUUUGAGGAGGAAGAUGUCGUCAUUGGAACUGCUGCGAGCCGACGUCAACGCCAACGCGGACCCUGAGGGAAGACACCCACGGUGGAUCAGGGUGAACGUGCUCAAGAGUAAUGUGGAGGACCAGCUGGGGACCACCUUCAAGGGGUAUGAAAGGGCGCUUUCCAUCGAGGCCGUGACACAGGCAACGGGCAAGGCCAUCUUCAUCGACAGUCACAUUCCCUUCCUCUUGGCAGCAUCACCCGGCACGGAUGUGACCAAGACGCAGGCCUAUCUAAAGGGAGAGAUCAUUCUACAGGACAAGGCAUCCUGCUUCCCGGCGUAUCUUUUGGAUCCGCAUUCCGAAGACGGGGACGUUAUCGACUCGUGUGCGGCGCCGGGUAACAAGACAACGCACCUAGCAGCCAUUGUCAAGUCGCACGAACCCGAGCAGGGAGCCCAAAAACAAACCAUUUUUGCGUUUGAGAGGGACUCCAAGAGGGCUCAGACGCUGGAGAAGAUGGUCAAGAUUGCAGGCAGUCGGGGCAUGACCAAGAUCGGCCCAGGCCAGGACUUUUUAGACGUUGACCCCGAGUCGGACGCGUACAAGCAUGUCGGGGCCCUGCUGCUGGACCCCAGUUGCUCUGGGAGCGGUAUUGUCGGGCGAGACUCGAUGCCAGAGUUGCAUCUUCCAGAGGUUCCGGGCCCGCCUGGAGCCAAGGGCGUCAAGGGAAAGUCGUCGAAACAGGCCAAGCCGGACGACCGCAAGCGCAAGCGGGACGGAAAGGAGGAGCCCGGUGCGGUGAUGGUCGACGAUGACGGCAAUGCGGUCGAGGUCCAGUCGGAGCAGGAGUUACAGAAGCGCCUGGACGCAUUAGCCGGCUUCCAACUGACGCUUCUGCUCCGCGCCAUGAAGUUUCCCGCAGCCAAGAAGAUUACCUAUUCCACCUGCUCGAUUCACGCAGAGGAAAACGAGGGCGUCGUGAUCAAGGCGCUCGCGUCAGAGGUUGCAAAAGAGCGCGGUUGGAAAAUCCUGCCGAGGCAGAAGCAGGUUCGCGGUAUGCGAGAGUGGCCCGUCCGCGGGCUUCCCGAGGCGGCGGGAGGUGACGGGUCCGUGGCGGAGGCGUGUAUCCGGACAUACAAGGGCGAUGGCCAUGGCGUUAUGGGAUUCUUUGUUGCCGCGUUCGCGCGAGAUGGGAAUGAUGGGACAGUCGACGAGGACGGCCCAUACUUGAGAGAUGACGAGGGGCGGAUCAUGAGGGAUAUGACCGGGAUGCCCGUGCUGAAGAGUACGGGGAAGCCUGUGGUGUUGGCGAAUGCGAGUGUUGGCGCGCCGGAGGAAGAUGGAGAUUCGAGUGAGGAGGACGAGAGCGAGAGCGAGGACGGAAGCGAUCGAGACGGCGACGAGGAUGAGUGGACUGGGUUUGACUAG